CUUUUUCGCUUUCUCGUGAGAACCGCCCCAGCCGGCGGUGGGCGGGCAUGCGAACUUGAACUUGUAGGGGGGCUGCUGUCAGAGGGGUUAGCUCGGGCGCCACCCCCACUUCGCCGCCCGGACCCGCAGCCCCGCCAGCCGCCAUGAGCCACCGCGACCACCUGUUCAAGGUGCUGGUGGUGGGCGACGCCGCCGUGGGCAAGACGUCGCUGGUGCAGAGGUACUCGCAGGACAGCUUCAGCAAACAGUACAAGUCCACCGUGGGAGUGGACUUUGCUCUGAAAGUGCUCCAGUGGUCCGACUCAGAGGUGGUGCGGCUGCAGCUUUGGGACAUUGCAGGACAGGAGCGCUUCACCUCUAUGACUCGGCUGUACUACCGGGACGCCUCUGCGUGCGUUAUUAUGUUUGACGUGACCAAUGCCACCACGUUUAGCAACAGCCAGAGGUGGAAGCAGGACCUGGACAGCAAGCUCACGUUGCCCAGUGGAGAUCCAGUGCCCUGCCUGCUCUUGGCCAAUAAGUGUGAUCUGUCCCCUUGGGCAGUGAGCCGGGACCAGAUUGACCGGUUCAGUAAAGAAAAUGGUUUCAUGGGUUGGACAGAAACCUCGGUCAAGGAGAACAAGAAUAUUAACGAGGCCAUGAGAGUCCUCGUUGAAAAAAUGAUGAGCCAUUCCAGAGAAGAUGCCCUGUCCUUGUCCGCCCAAGGGGACUACAUCAAUCUACAAACCGAGCCCUCCUCCAGCUGGACGUGCUGCUAGAAGCGUUUGGCUAAUUUCCAUCCCAGUUUGAGGAAGUCUUCCAACCCUUCCCUUGGAUGCCCACCCAGCAGUUUUAUUGGGUACACUCAAAGGUGCCUGGAAACCGCCAGUCGGCUUGUAGCCAGCUGUCCAGUAAGGAGAUCUGGCAUUCUCUUUAAAACGAUGCCUAGGACCCACGUGGACCUCUGCGUCUCCCAGGAAUGACCUCGGCCCUGCAGCUGGCUCACCUGGCUACUUGAGUGCCUUCCGAUCCAGGAGGAACAUCUCGUCUCCAAGUCGCAUUUUAUGGGAAGAGUUAGAAACCAGCGUCUAGUGCACAGAUCAUAAUUCUCGGCUGCUUUUGACCUGCUUUUUUCCAUGUGGUGGAUGUUUACACCAUGACUUCUGGGAAAGAUCAAGUGUCGUGUCCCAAAUUCUAGGUCAUUGAUUUCAGGAUUUUUUUUUUAAUCUUAGAUUUUGAAUGUAAACAUCGGAUUCCAGGAUGCAGAGGGAAGGCGUUGGGCCUCUGUGGGUUUCGGAGUCCUGGCCAUGGUCCAGAAGUCUUUGUAUUGUCUGAAGCAUCUAACGUCAUAAUUAGCUUCCUCUUGUCUUAGCUUCAAGACGAGUCCAGCUUGUAAACCACUCAUGUGUGGUGGGAACAUCUGUUUCCACAAAGGAUCCAGUCCCAGCUGGGGACAUGGAGCAGGGUUUCCAGGGGUUCUGGGCUGACGUGCACAGGGAAGUGCAUGGGACAUCCCUUGGCAGCGGUGCGCGGAGAUAGAUAGAUACAUGUGUUCCUGGCAGCAGGGCGCAUCCGGAGCGGGGAGAGCGAAUGGAACUGAGCUGAAUCCUUGCUGACAAACACGUUGGUUGACUAGCACUUAACAGCCAUCAAAACUCUGGGGGUGGAUAGAUAGAAAAUCAUUAGGUAAUUCAAGUGCUCAAUCGGACAGGGUUUUUAGUAUCAAAUCACUUCCACACUAUUUAGUCUGUGAAAGGUCCCAUUUUAUAACAACCUCAAAGUUCUGAAUAUCCUUCGGGAACUCGGAGACCAGAGAUGCUUUGAGCAGUGUCCUGAAACGGUACUGCCCGCGCUGGCUCAUCAGCAUCACCGGGGAUGCUUCCAAAAGAAAUGAAUCAAAGAACAGUUUUUUUAUAAAAAGAUUUUAAGAUUCCUGGAUCUCAACCUCAAACCCAGGAUAUUUCGUCUUGUUUGUUCUGUUUUUUCGGGCUUCCAAAGGGACUUUGGCGAGCCUGCGUUGGAUACCGUUCCGGGGAACUUAAUAAAGAUGCAGAGGCCCCGGCCUUUAUGGCUGAAAUGAGCCAGGCCCUCUGUGUCUGUGUUUGUUCUCCAGGGACUUCUAAUGCACACCAGACUGUGAGAAGCACUGAGACAGACAGACAGAAGAAUGGGGAUCGAGUUUUCAGUGUUGUUGAGCUUUUUAGGGGGAAAAAAAAAAAUCACCAAUUGUUAUUACUUUUGCACAGCCUUCUGAGACCUGAAAGUUCUCUUUUACAGUGCUGUUUUCUGGUAGGAUUUUUUUUGGUUUGUUUUUUGUCUUUUUAAAGUUGUAUUUUGAUUGUGGUGGCUCUAAAGACAACAGGAACAAAUUCCCUGUAUGUGGGAGAAAAAUUUUUAUCCACUGGCUUGAAGCCCUUUAAAGUCACAAAUAAAUGGGAAAUUCCUCAUGUGUUCAUGGUAGUGAUGGAUCCUAAUGUUAGUGUGUUAAAGUGUUAUUUUAUAUGGAUAGUUUGAGCGUAUUGGGGAAAUGGAGCUGGAAAAAAAUACCUUCUCUAAAAAUGAAGUAUUCGUCUGUUAAUCUGUUAAUUUAUGAGUACCAAAUGCUUAGUCUUGAAACCAGUCCUUGAUGUUAUAUCCCCCCCAAAGUUGAUGUAAUUCAGUACUUGAUGUACUAUCUCAAAUUGCUUGGGAAUAUGACCAUUUCAAUAAAUUGACUCUGCUUUCUGUUCCCA